GGAACACAUGCAGCUCGCCCUUCAGAGCACCCCACCAUCGCUGCGACAUUCAGGUCUACUGGGGAAGCUAUAGCUUCUGCGCCUACGGGCGGAGGUCUUGAUCUGCUUGCGCUGGACUGCCAACAACUAUACACUUUUUACCUACACCUCCAUCUGCGCCACGCAUUCCCUAAAUACAAUCGAACCCUUUCACAAUGUCCAACUCCGUUCCUGAUCUCGAUGCUGUCGGGAUCAAGGCAGAGCCCGAACUAGCAGACCAAUUCCGCCGUGAAGUCGCGACUCUCCUUGGCCGCAACAACCUCAACUUUCCCGGCGCACAGCCCGUCAGUUUCUCCAACAAGCAUCUCCUCGAGCUCCAACGGCAAGACUACUAUGUCUGCGAGAAAACAGAUGGCAUCCGUUGUCUGAUGUACUUUGCCCGUGGCGAUCCAGACUCAGAGACACCCGAAAUUCAUUACCUAAUUGACCGCAAGAAUGAUUACCGUUACGUGCCGGGCUUGCAUUUCCCGCUCCCCAAUGAUGAAAGUUUCCAGUCAUACCACGUAGACACCCUGGUUGACGGCGAGUUGGUGAACGAUACAUAUGAGGAUGGAACGCAGCAACUCAAAUACCUCGUUUUCGAUUGUCUGGUUCUGGACGGGCAGAGCCUGAUGCAUCGCACGCUGGACAAACGACUUGCGUAUUUCAAAGAGAAGGUCCUCAAGCCAUAUAAUGCUCUCUACCAACGCUUUCCCGAGGAGAAACAACAUCGCGUUUUCGCGGUUGAAGACAAAUCUACCCAGUUCAGCUACGGUAUCGAAAUGAUGUUCCGAGAGAUCAUUCCCAAGGUCAAGAAAAUCCACGGUAAUGACGGUCUCAUCUUUACCUGUCGCAGUACACCCUACCGCAUCGGAACGGACGAGCACAUUCUCAAGUGGAAGCCUCCGGCCGAGAAUACCAUUGAUUUCCGCAUGCGUUUGGAGUUUCCGGUCCUGGAGCCUGAUACAGAUGAUGAGGCUGAUGGUAUUUCCGAGCCAUAUACGGAUUACGAUGCUAUGCCUAUUUUUCAUCUAUUUGUGAUGCUUAAUUCCAACGAGUACCGGCACUUCGCGGAGAUGUUUGUCACCCCACCCGAAUGGGAGGAGCUUAAGGCUCUGGGGCUUCCCCUCGAUGAUACCAUCGUCGAAUGCUUCAAGGAUGAACACAAUCGCUGGCGCUAUCACCGUCUCCGAGACGAUAAGGCUGAUGCGAAUCACAUCUCUACCGUUGAGAAAGUCCUUGAAAGUAUCCAGGACCGUGUGACGGAGGAAGAUCUUAUCCGCGCUGCGCCGGCGAUCAAGGCAGCAUGGAAGAAGCGCCAGGCUCAGAUGGCUUCGGAGGACGAAGAGCGGAAACGAAGGGCAAGACAAGCGCCGCCACAAGCAAACGGGAACGGGGUGAAAAGGAAAUUCGAGGAUUCAUAGUUUCCUUCUGGUUUUCUUUGAACAAACCUACUUGUUGGGUAGUAUUUGACUUGGCUUCGGUUCGGGAUUGCGAGGAGUCUGGCGUUGAUCUCUGCUUCUUUCAUGCAUGAACUGGAGGGGAGCUGUCUGUCGGCAAGCUUAAAAUGGGGCCUGGGGAUUAUUGUACAAGUGUACUGCUUUCUAUGAUGCUAUGCGCUCUUGCUAUUCCACUGUUCUCUGGAUAUAUUGUAUCGCACAAUAUCCAGCUAGAUCUUGAUCAUUCAAAUGCGGUAUAACUCGUUUUCUGGUAUCGAUCAAGCUCCUGUUUCACGUACAGGACUUCGAAGCGUGAUACAUUCAAAUCUCAAAGUUUGAUUUUCAU